AUGAACAACUCAAAUCCGCCUAUCAGCUCCGAUGCCGACGCAGCGUUACUAUGCGCCGCUGGAAAAGUUGCCUCGCUGGCUGCUGGGAACCCCCAACUAUGGCAUCACUAUCAAAGAAUUUCACUUUUGACAAUCACAAUGAACUUCAUUCUACUCUCAGUUUCCGCUUUCAAGCUAUUUAAUAUCUCUUGGGCGGAGAUAGGGAAGAAGAAAAAGAACAUCAGACAAGCAAGACGAAUGCUCUGGGCGCUCGAACGUCUUUUAGUCAUAAAGUCAUGGAUCGGAAGCUCACAUCCUGGGUUUCUCAGCGAUUUUGCAGUGUCCAUCGGCAAGGCCUGCUCAAUUCUUUGGAUAGCUCGACAGAAGUGUGACGUUCCAAACCCAUACUAUAACGCCUAUGGAUACCUCGAGUCUAUUGAUGGAUUCUUCCUCUCACUGGUACAUGCAGGCGGUUUGUUCCUUGUUGGAGAACUCGGCCUUCUAUUCUGGGGCCAGCCCGGAGAAAGGCAGCAAGUACGAAGCUUCUGGUUCGUCUUACGUCAAGGCUCUCACGCCCUCGGUUGGAUGAUGGCGUUGGGCGUCGUCGGGAUCCAAAUAUCAAUCUCGAUUAUGAAGCAGUAUCAUGUCUUGGGACUGCCAGGAGCGGGAGACGUACGCAUUGCAUCGCAAGACCUUGCUUCAGAUGGCAUGGUCAAGAUCCUGCUCUUCUUCGUCGGGCUUCUGCUAUGUUUGCCAUUCCAAUCAGUAGUGAGACCAUUUUCUCCUUCCUUUAUCCCAGAUCUGAAUGGAAAUGACUGA